AUGAAGUGAGCGCACACGGACAACGCGGCAUCGACCAUGACACGGACCCUCGGCAUGACCCUCUAUGCGUUUACCUUCAUCCAGAGUGCCAUCUGUGCAGACUCUGAAGAGCGACUCAUGAACUGGCUCUUGUCAAAGGAGCGUUAUAAUAACCUAAUCCGUCCUGCCCUGAACAGAACAGAAAGAGUGACUGUGAAGCUGCAGGUCUCUCUGGCACAGCUCAUCAGUGUGCAUGAAAGGGAGCAAAUCAUGACGACAAAUGUGUGGCUCAAACAGAACUGGAAUGAUUACAGACUGUCAUGGGACCCGGCCAAACAUGAGGGAAUUGACAAGCUCCGAAUUCCCUCCAGACACGUCUGGUUACCUGACAUUGUAUUAUACAAUAAUGCUGAUGGCACGUAUGAGGUAACGGUCUUCACCAACGUUAUCGUGAUGUUUAACGGCAGCAUCGACUGGCUUCCUCCUGCCAUCUAUAAGAGCUCUUGCAAGAUUGAGGUCAAGCACUUCCCCUUUGACCAGCAGAACUGCACACUAAAGUUUCGCUCAUGGACAUACGACUACACAGAGAUCGAUCUUGUCCUAAAGUCUGAAAUGGCCAGUAUGGAUGACUUCACUCCAAGUGGAGAGUGGGACAUUUUAGCUCUUCCAGGAAGGAAGACAGUCAACCCCCAGGACCCGACUUAUGUGGACCUGACGUAUGAUUUUAUCAUCAAGCGAAAACCUCUCUUCUACACCAUUUACCUCAUCAUCCCCUGUGUGUUGAUCACCUCUCUGGCCAUCCUGGUUUUCUACUUACCAUCUGAUUGUGGUGAGAAGAUGACCCUGUGCAUCUCUGUCCUCCUGGCCCUCACUGUCUUCCUCUUACUGAUCUCCAAAAUUGUUCCUCCUACAUCCAUGGAUGUCCCUCUAAUUGGCAAGUACCUGAUGUUCACCAUGGUGCUGGUGACGUUCUCCAUCAUCACGAGUGUAUGCGUGCUCAAUGUGCAUCAUCGAUCCCCGAGUACACAUACCAUGCCGAAUUGGGUGAAGCUGGUCUUCCUGGACAAACUUCCCAUGUUGCUUUUUAUGCAAAGGCCUGAAGGGAACUCAUCCCAACAGAGGCUACGCCAAGAGAGACAUCUCAAAGAUAAUAGAACUCUGCUUGGACUUAGGUGUGAAGCUCCCUGCAAGUCAGGAAUGUCCUCUUCCGCUUCGGUCUUGCUUGCUGCAUCUUCAGCAUCAGUGCUGUCUUCACCAGGACACUUUUACAACAAAGGGACCAACUUUCACAGGAAAAGUAAUCAGCGGCCUACAGACUUCCUGCCCAGUAGCAAUGCCUUGAACCAGGGAGACAUGAGAGGAGAACCAGAACAAUCAGACCUGGGGGCUGGUGUUCAAGAAGCAGUGGAUGGAGUUUGUUAUGUAGCUGACCACAUGAUGGGAAAUGACGAUGACCAGAAUGUUAUUGAAGACUGGAAGUACGUCGCCAUGGUGGUAGAUCGGAUGUUUCUGUGGAUCUUUGUAAUUGUGUGUGUGGUUGGGACAUUGGGCCUUUUCCUUCAGCCAGUCUUCCAGAACCAAACAGUUCCUGUCUAUCAGACAAAUUCUGAAUCCUCUCUGAGGAAUGGAAUGUAAAGGACGUGUCAGUAUGGGAUGCCAAAUACCUGAUCUAAAUUUCGAAGCCGUGAUAAGGUAGUCGUAAAU